GCCCACUGGAGAACUAAACGCGUCAACUGUUGAGGUUUUUGGAGAGUUUGUGCUUUCUUGCGUUCUUUGGCAGUUUAUAGGACAUGAGUGAAGAUGAAUGAGGAUGCAUUCGAGGUUCCAGAGAGGACCGAGUACCGCUACUUGGUACAGGAGGAGGAUGAGGAGGAGGUGCAGUAUGUGCGUCACAGACACUACAUCAGCCCCUUCCUGGUCCUGUCCAAACGCUGCAUCUUCCUCAUCUGCCUCGGCGUGCUCGCUCUGCUCGCUCUGGCCGCCUACCUGGGUUACAUAGCCCAGACGCUGCCACCGGGACUCGCCCAGGUGUCAACUGACUGUGGCGACUUUAGAGGAAGAUAUAAAAAUGGAGCCUACUCCUUUAAGGGCAUGUCCUACGCUGCUCCACCUGUUGGUGGCCUGCGCUGGGCUCCUCCAGCUGAACCGGUAUGCAAGAGUGGGGUUAUCGAUGCGGGCCACUUUCGCAGCAUGUGUCCUCAGGUGAGGCCCUUGUCGAGCACGGGGAAGGUGAUGGGCCAGGAGGACUGCCUGUUCAUCAACGUGUGGACCCCCACCCUGCAGCCUGACGCCAAGCUUCCCGUCAUGGUGUGGAUCCACGGAGGAUACCUGCACAUGCUCAGCGGAGGAGAGAAGGGAUACUCGCCUACGGAGAAGCUCGCCGCCGACACAAAAGUGGUUUACGUCAGCUUCAACUACAGACUCAAUGCCUUUGGCUUUCUCGCCCUACAGAUGCUGAGAGAAGGUUCUCCAAGAAACACCUCAGGGAAUUAUGGCUUCCUGGAUCAGAUCGCAGCUCUGAAGUGGGUUCAGAAGAACAUCCGUGUGUUUGGAGGAGAUCCUGGCAAAGUUACCAUAUUUGGACAGAGCUCAGGUGGAACGUCAGUGUGGACCCUGAUGAUGUCACCAUUAGCCAAGGGUCUCUUUCAUGCAGCAGUGGACAUGAGCGGCUCGUACAUUUACAAUGCGACCCUGGAACAAGCCGAGGUGGACAACCUGGCGUUCCUGAAUAAGACGGGCUGCGGAGAUCUGGCCUGCCUGAGGCGCCUCUCUAUCGGACAGGUCCUGCAGGCCAUCCCAUGGCAGGAGUACCCCUCCUGGGCAGCAGAUGAGAUGACUGACCUCCCCACCAAAGGGAAAUCCAUCGGCCCGGUUGCAGUAGUGGACGGCUACGUCCUCAAAGCGCCCCCUUUUGAGCUGUGGGAGAAGAAAGGAGAGCACAGUGACGUCCCUUUCCUUGUCGGAACAACAGAGCAAGAGGCUGACUUCGCUCCUCCAUCUACAAACAUCUCCGAGUGGACCUGGGGGGACUACACGUGGUUCGUAACAGCUAAACUUAAGUCAUUCGGCGACGGUCUCGUCAAGGAGGCGUUGCGGCUGUAUCCAUCUUCAGCCUGGUGUCCAACCAAAGACCGCUGCCCAGAGAGGUCCUAUACCACCAUGGUGUCUGACAUCAGGGUCACCUGUCCCAACAACGACCUGGCCCAGAGGGCUGCAGCUGCUCUCAAAAGUCCGGUGUAUCGCUACGUGGUGAGGCACACGCCAUCCGGACCUGUCAACACGUCCAGCGACCUGCUGCCAUUCCCCAGCCGCUUCUCCUUCCACUGUCUGGAUGCCGUGGCGUUCUUUGGAGGGCUGGAGUUCAUUUUAGGGAAACCUCUCUCCGAUAAGGACCGGCGCUUUCAGGAUCUCAUCACACGCAAUCUCGUCAGCUUUGCCAAAACAGGUAAGGUGGAGACAAAGUGGUCCGAGUACCCAUCAGCCAUUGCUUUCUUGUCCGACAUCCUUGAGGUGGACAGUAACUACACCUCUCCUCAGUGUGAUCUGUGGAGGAAGAACGGCCUGUAUGCCUACGCCUGGAUGAACUGAGCACAGACGGCAGCUGGAAGCCACUUUGCAGUUUCUCUGCUUUGUCUCUCAUCCAGCUCAAAUCCCACAGCAGCCGCUGUUAGUUUGAAUCCUCAACAGAGAUGAAACGUUUGUUUGAGGCAGCGUUUGAUUGCUCAAUCUUAAAUCUAUUAUUUUAAAGUCCAGCAACAAGCCAUAUUUGUGUUUUAAAUAAUUUCUCACUUCAUUCCUAGUUUAAGUUUGUGUGUUUUUUUUUUCCAGUUACAUUUCAGUUAGAGGUGCAGGGAAUUCUGGCUGAUCCACAGGAUGUCGCUAUGGACUGUUUUAAAACUAACAGCUUUAUAUUCAAGGAAGCUUAACUUGUUUGCAUUAGAGCGAGGUGAGAAAGACUUAACAGACUCUGGGUCUGCAUAAAGUAACUGUACAUUAAGUGUAAGUGUAAUGGAGCAGACCAAUGGGAGCUGCAGUGAACUUGGGUUGUUAUGGGUUUCAAAGAAAACAUGUUUGUGCCAAAUCAAUCUGAAACAUGAAUUGAAGUCCCCUUUAUCUGGGUGCAGUCAUGUAACAUUACUUUAAAACACACAGGAAGUUAAACUACGCUGAUCUGCUGAAAAUGUUUAUAGAUCAAGAACAAGUUGGAACCCUCUUCAAAAAGCUCGUGAAAUCCACUCGACCGAGGGAAAGUUCUUCAAGUCUGGCUCCUCAGAGCAGUUUUGGAAAUAUACAAAAGAAAGGUUUUUUUUCCUCAAAUUAAGCUUUAAAAAGGUAAAACAUUUGGAUAAAGGCAGGAAUGCUGUUUUCCUCCUCUUUAUAUGUAAUAUGAUGAAACAUUUCUAAACCUGGAGUCUCUAAGAAGAAGUCCCUGUUUGACCGCUCACGCUGUGCAGCAGCUUCUGUUUCUGACCUUUGAAUGGUCAUCACUGGGAUGAGAGCGGGUCUGCUGCUGAAACUCAGCAGCCGUGUCAGCCAAGUCGGACAUGAAGCGAGACCAAAUUGAAAACAGAGGAAACACUUUGGCCACACCAACACAAUCUCCUCUUAUCAACUGUGCUAACUGAAAGAUUUGCCUUCCUGCAACUUCAUCCACUCACAAAAAUGAAAAUGAAAGUGAAGUGUCUUUCAAGGUUUUUAGAAACUGAAGAGAAUCCAGUGCACUCUGCAGAUGAAUAGGUGUAAGUGGGGACUGGGUCUUUCAGAAAGUACCAGCUGCUCUGAGGGCAGUUCAGAAGCGUACAAGGAGACACAUUUGAUUUCUUCAUUUUUAUAAGCCAGAACAUUUCUUCUCCAGCUGAUAUAAAGCAAUAAUAACCUUAACGAAGGCUCAGUGUGUCUCUCAUCUUUGCAGAUUGUUGCUGCUAAAGCCUUUAACUGCUUCUAAUGUUUUUAAAGAAGUGCAAGGGUUCUUCAGAUCAUUUGUUUUCUAAAGACGUGCAAAGUCUUGUUAAAUAUAUUUGAGAAUACAAAGGAAGGAUAUCAUUUCACUAUCAUUUCUGUCAACCUGGAAUUUCGGGGUUUGCCAGGACACAUCCAGUCCUGAUGACUAAAAGGCUUUUCGAGGAUUUACUUUGUGUCCUUUAUUCAGAUUUUAAAUGAAAGACUACAGUUACAUUCCUCCUGCUUCACAAAGUUUAGUGAAAUCGCAAAAUGAGUUAAAAAGAAAUGAUCUUAAUAAGAAGCUUAACGCGACUUUGUAACCAUUUGUCUAAUGUCCAAAGUUCACUCAGACAGAGACACAAACAUAGUUGUUACAGCUGUAAAAGUAUGUAAGUACACCCAGGUCAUUUUCACACGGACUCUUUGUCUGUAUUUACAGAGGAAAUAUUAAGGUAUGAAGGGAAUAUUUUUAAAAAAGAGAUUUUUGCUUUAUAAUUUCAAGACAAAUGUGUCUGUGUCAUUUUCAACUGUGAAUGUGCUGUUGAGUCACAGGAUGUUAGUUUUGAAUUUUGUCACUUUCUGCUGUUUGCACUGAUUUCAAGCUUGGCCACUGCGAACAUGUGAACACGUUUCGUUCUUUGUAUAUUUGAUUUAAUUUGUUUUGAUUGGUUUUAAAUGCUCGCUUCCUUUUGCUCCUCAUUUGUUGUGUUGUUAUGUGAAUCCAAUCAGCAGACAUUAUGUAUUUAAAGAUGUACCACAUUUCCAUUUUAAUCAAACGACACUAAUCAUUGCCAUCAGUUUGUUUUUAUCUGCUUUGGUUUUGCAUCGUGUUUCUGUUGUUUUUGGAAACAGCACUUUGAUGAUUAUAUUUGGCUGUGUGUUCAUGUGUUGAUGUUCACUUUUGUAUGUUCAAUAAAACUGCAUCAUGCUGACUGUUGUUAA